AUGCAACACAUGAUAGACAUAGAGUUUGAACGAUGUUUUUCCAAUGAUCAUGUAAUGCAUGUAAUAAAUAAAAACUUUAUUGCACUUGAUGAUGUUGAAGUAAAAAGGAACAAUAGUAAUUUGACAGAGGUAAUCAGAACUUUAAUGGAACAAAUGAAAUUAAAAGAUGAUUUAUUUGCCAACGCAUACAGAGAAAUAAUAUUUUGUGGCAGUUUCUAUAAAGAGACAAGAGUGGGCAAACCGAAUGAAUUUGAUUUAAAUAUUAUUUUACAGCUUCCUAUUAAUUAUGGUAAUAUAAAUUUCCAUUCUAACAAACCAGCAUGUACAAAAAUAAAAAUAGAAGAUUACUUGAAUCCAAUAUCUACUUCACCAAAAUAUAAUUUGUCAAAUAAACAAAAAAAAAUAUUGAAAAAGCUUAUGGUUGAUGACUAUCUUGAUCCAGAUAAAUUUCGUCAGUGGAUUGAAGGAGUUUUGAGUAAAGUUAUCACUGACUUGCCUAAAGUACAAGACAAGUAUCAAUUAGUAACACAAACUAAUUUUAAUACCUUUAUGGUUAAAAUAAAAAAGAGCGGUCCAGCAUUUACACUAACAGUAACUAUUUCUCCUACAAAUGAAGACAUAUCCAUUGAUUUAGUUCCUGCAUUGGCUUUUAAAAAAUAUGAAAUUCAUGGUUCUACUUUAAAAUUACAUGAAGUAAAAAACUAUAGAAAUAAAACAUGGUAUGCAAUUCCAUUACCUUUGAAGGAUAUUGAUACUGAUGACAGUAAAGGUCUUCAUUGGAGAGUUUCUUUUUGUCAUCAAGAAAGAGAAAUUCUUGCACGACAUGGUCGGGUGAAACCUGUUAUACGCCUUCUGAAGAAAUUUCGAGAUACGCAAAACUGGAAGAACAUAGCAAGUUAUUUCAUCGAAACAUUAUUUUUAAAUAAACUGACAGAGUUGAAGGAAAUUUUAAAUAAGAUAUCUUUAACCUUAUUUUUCUUUGUGAUGUUAAAAGAAAUGCAGCAUGCUUUUCAGCAGCAUAGAGUAGAAUAUUUUUGGGAUGAAAACUACAAUUUAUUAGAAAAAAUUAGAAAAGACGAAAUGACCAAUAUAACUCAUCGAUUAAACAAUAUUAUAAAGAACAUUGAAAAGAACGCAAUAUCAAAUUCACUUGUAUUUGCUGCACAUAUUUUGAAUAAAGAGGAAUUACAAUUGUUACAGUUACGAUUAAAAAAUAAAAAUAUACAACAUUAUGAGAGCAUACAAUAUACUGGAGAUGUGCAAGAUAGUGACAAUAGACAAUCUACCAACAAUGGCAGAUGCAUUAUAUUAUAA